CAAAUUUUGAGUGUUUAAACUUUUACAAAAGCUCAUAGAACAAAUGAGAAAUAGAUGAAAAGGGAAAGAGAAGACUUGACCAGGGAGCAAGAGUACUACUAGAACCUUAAACGUUCAGAAAAAAAGUUUGUUCAUUUAGUACUACUACACAGAGGAACACAGAAUCACCGUUCCUGGUUCUGUAACCAUGCCAAGGGUUUCGGCCAACCCUUCUUCCUCACGCUUAUUCUCCAUGGCUUCCACCGUCAGAGCCUACACGCUCCCCAUUAUUCUCUUCGCCGGAGCCAUGUACUACCAGCUCUUCGUUAUUCCCAAUGCCUUCCCUCGUUCUCAUUACGACGUUUUGCAAAUUGAGAGCUAUAGUUCUGUUGACAAAGUGAAGGAGGCUUACGAGAACCUUGAAUCUAAAAUGAAUUCUGCGGAGGAAGCUUUUGAUACUCACGAGUUUUUAAAGAUUCGAUAUGCUUAUGAGUUGCUGACAAAUCCUUUAUGGAAAAGAGACUAUGACAUAUUUGGUAUUGAUGAACAACUUCAUAUUGUUGAGAGUGCCAGCAAGCAUUAUGCAGGGAAACAUAUUUCAGAAUUGGACUUCCCUUUACUACAGGCCCAAUCUGGAUCUGUGGAUCAUUCUUCUAAAGUCAUUACAGCUAGUGACUUCCAGUAUAUAUUUCCAGAUGUUAAGCCAUGGCUAAUGCAGUUGUAUUCAUCAGGGAGCGAAAAUUGUGCUCAAUUUUCCAAGUCCUGGAAUAAAAUUGCUUCUUUAUUAGAUGAUGUUGCAAACAUUGGUGUGGUGGAACUUGGUGAGAAGGAGCUUGCCAUAUACCUUGCUGAUAGAAGAUCAACUGGAAAACCUUUUUUUAGAAAUGGUGUUCCAUCUCUUGUUGCCAUUCCUGCAGGAUGUCGAUCUCCUAAAUGUAUUAGGAGGUUUAAUAGUGAGCUUACUGUUGAUAAGGUCACAGAUUGGUUUGCAACAACUAUACUGGGUUUACCUCAAAUUAACUACUACUCAAGGGAAACUCUGGUACCAAAUUUUCUUGGUAAAACUAGCCAUCAUAAGGUAAAAGUCCUCUUUUUCUCAACAUUUGGUGAGCGAGCUGCCCCAUUUAUACGACAAGCAGCUAAAGACUAUUGGGCUUUUUCUUCAUUUGCAUUCAUUCUCUGGCGGGAAGAGGAAUCUUCCUAUUGGUUGGGAGCAUUUGGGGUAGAAUCUGCACCUGCUAUUGUAUUUCUUAAAGACCCUGGUGUCAAACCUGUGGUUCACCAUGGUUCUGUCAACAAUUCAAUUUUUUUGAACUUGAUGGAAAAUAAUAAGCAGCAAGAGCUUCGACAACUAAGGAGUAUGACAUCAAUGGAGCUAGGUUGUGAUCCUCAUGGCUAUUCUCGUGCUGGUUAUGAUACAAUGAUAUGGUAUUGUGCUAUUGUGGUUGGAAGGCCAAGUCUGGAGCUGAACAGAAUGCGUGAAACUAUGUACAGGGUCCAGGAAACAUUUUCUAAGUACAGCCAAGUGGAUGCCUCAUCUGAAAAUCAAUCCUUAGCUUCAGCUGUGGAUGCAUUUAAGAGAAGGCGAUUGACAUUUGCUUGGCUUGAUGGUGAAAAGCAAAAGGAUUACUGCCAAUUUUACCUUGGUCAAGCGGGUACCGAUCACACUUGUGGGCAACGACGGAGUGCGACUGAUAUUCCUAGGUUGUUUGUCAUUCGUUACCUGAGGAAUAAUAGUGCUGUUGAUUUGAGAACAGAACAAAAAUCCAAGUGGAAAUCAUCACUGGUCCAAGAUCUAAUUAGUGAUUCUGAUCUUGCAGGCCAGUUUGUCGCUGGGUACAAGGGCGAAGAUGAUGUUUCACAGAUAACCCACUGGCUUGCAAACAUUAUUUCUGAUGGUGACUCUAGAGACUUACCAUUCUUUACGCUACGAACUCCUGAGCUUGUCCCGGAUGACACAGAACCUAUUUGGUCCGUAGCAGCACAAAAUAUUCCUCUGAAAAAUCUGAAGCAGAGUAUUCUUGGUAGUCUUAGUGGACUCUCUAUAUACCGUGAGGAUCCUAGAGUUGGUCCGUUUUUGCUUUUGGGUGCAUUAAUUUCUUUGGGAACUAUAUGGCUGCGUAGGAGCCAACAAGUUCAUCCUUCUGUACCAAAUCAAUCUAGUUCCAAUCAGCCAUCUGAAUCAAAUCAACCAAGUCAACCCAGUUCCAAGAUGUCUUCACAGGAUGAAAAGGAACAAAUACCAAGAAACCGGGUCAGGAGUCGGUCAAAUAAAAAACCACCCCCUUCUAUGACUGAUUUUGAACCAUCGAAUUCUUACCAGGUUCCACUAUCGGAUUCUGACUCUGAGUAAUUUCAGUUUGGUUGCUCCAUGAAGGAAAGGAAAAUACAAAAUGUUACAUGGUCUGAAGGUGGAAUUCUUGGUUUGGAGCAAGACAAUUGCUUACUUUCAAAAUAUAAUUGAUUAAUUAAAGAUUUUUUAAUUGUUUGUGCGGAUAAUUAGUUACUACUUGAAAUAAUUUAUUAACUAUUUUUAACUUGUCUCA